AUGGGAAACAUAAGCUGCCUUUCAGACCUGAUUAAGAAGCAUUUUACUUUAUGGCUGUACACAUAUUUUCUGAGAUGCGAGGCCUCAAAAUUAGCUCCUCAGAAAACUGGAGUUUCAGAGGAAGGGUAUGUGAGGUUGGAAAAGCAGUCCUUGGGGGAAACCAUACUCAACUGUGAAGAAGUUAACAGGAAAGAACUCCUACUGGGAUUUCUUAGUACUAAUGUGGUUCAAGUGUUCUUUUUAGAGGUAAGGGACAAGAAAUCUAAACUUCAUGAGAUAGGUUUAGAAAUCCUCUAUAGAAGAAGAUUUGAGAGGGCGGUGAGUGUGCUGAGGGGUCUGGCGGUGGCCGGUGGAGGAGAGAGUAGCGAGAGCGACGAUGACGGAUGGGAGAUUGGGUACCUCGACCGCAAGUCUCAGAAAUUAAGAGGACCAUUACCUGCUGAAGAAAAGAGUGAGACAUUUAAGAGAGCACUGACCACUGGAGAUAUUUCGUUGGUCAAGGAGCUCCUAGAUUCUGGUGAGAGACAAGGCAUUAGUGUAGAUUCCAGCUUUCGAUGUGGAUGGACUCCCCUUAUGUAUACUGCUAGCGUUGCCAAUGUAGAACUUGUUCGAGUCCUUUUGGACAAAGGUGCUAAUGCAAGCUUUGAUAAGGAUAAGCAAACUAUUUUGAUAACUGCGUGCUCUGCUCGUGGCUCAGAACAGAUUUUGAAGUGUGUAGAGCUACUACUUUCAAGAAAUGCUGACCCAAAUGUCCCUUGUAGGAGACUUAUGACUCCAAUCAUGUAUGCUGCACGAGAUGGCCACCCUCAGGUUGUGGCUCUCCUUGUUGCUCAUGGAGCGGAAAUUAACACCCAGGAUGAGAAUGGCUAUACUGCUUUAACAUGGGCAUCACGUCAAGGUCAUAAAAAUGUAGUUUUGAAGUUGCUGGAACUUGGAGCUAAUAAAAUGCUACAAACCAAAGAUGGAAAGACACCAAGUGAGAUUGCAAAAAGAAAUAAACAUCUUGAGAUCUUCAACUUGCUUUCUUUGACUUUAAAUCCAGUAGAAGGAAAGCUUCAACAGCUAACUAAAGAAGAGACUAUUUGUAAACUACUGACAACAGAUUCUGAUAAAGAUAAAGAUAACAUAUUUAGUUCAUACACAGCAUUUGGAGAUCUGGAAAUAUUUUUACAUGGUCUUGGACUUGAACAUAUGACAGAUGUAUUAAAGGAAAGGGAUAUAACUUUAAGACACCUGUUGACCAUGAGGAAAGAUGAGUUUAUAAAGAAUGGAAUUAGUAGUAAAGAUCAGCAGAAAAUUCUGGCUGCUCUUAAAGAACUAGAGGUAGAAGAGAUAAAAUUUGGAGAAUUACCUGAAGUGGCAAAGUUAGAAAUCAGUGGUGAUGAGUUCCUCAACUUUCUUUUAAUUAAACAGUGUGGCCACUUAAUAACAGCUGUACAGAAUAUCAUUGCUGAGUUACCUGUAAAUUCUCACAAGAUAGUACCAGAAUGGGCUGCUUCCCGAAAUUUUAAUUCAGUUUGUGAAGAACUCGUUAGUAAUGUUGAAGAUUUGAGUGAAGAGGUCUGCAAACUAAAGGACUUAAUUCAAAAGUUGCAAAGUGAACGGGAAGAUGAUCCAACUCAUAUACCUUUAAUGGAAGAAGUAUCUACAUGGAACAGUAGAAUUUUGAAGAGGACAGCUAUUUCAGUGUGUGGAUUUGGGUUUCUUCUUUUCAUUUGCAAGCUGACUUUUCAGAGAAAAUAA